GGAAAGAAUGCAUUGAUGCAACAUAAUAGAAUAAAUAUUUUCCAAAUAAUAUUAUACGCAUAUUUAUAAUAUUAAUUUUUCACAAUAAUAAUUAGAUAUUUAUGCAUAAAAAUAUAUAGUUGCUUUUUAAAUUUGAGGAUGGGGAUGAUCAUAUUUGGGGCUCUGAAGACUGAAACCCCUGAAGUCAGUCCAGGACCAGUGACGCUCCUGGUUAAAUUCAUCCGAUCACAUCCAGCAAAAUAACAAGAGGACAAAAUAUGAAUAAUUCAUCAGUCAUCUCAAUGAUGAGUAUGUAUAAGCCAUAAAUUAUGUGCACAGAUUCAGUGUGCGCAAAUCGAUUUAUCUCCUUAAGAGGCACAUAAUUUUGCAUGAUAACAUUUGUAUUUGUCAAACUCUUUCAGCCCUGAAGGCUUGAGACUCGUUCAUGCAGAAUAAUGAGUCUCGUGAUACACACACACACACACACACACACACACACACUCACAGUCCAGGAAUAAACUUCAGCUCCUACGGCUCCAUGAAUCUCCUCAAGCAUCAGUAAUCGGUGGGAACGAUGAGGAAAGACACGGUUCUUCACCGGAGGAAGAGGAGAGAUGUUCUGCUCUAUAUCAUCGCUGUAGUUUUGCUUAUAUUUGCAGCGAUUCAUCUCGUCUUCUACGUCGGAAAGAGUUUUCGGGGUUCGGCUGCUGCGAGAGUCCGUCGGGAUGUUGAAAAUGCGAGCGACUGCAUCCCGCCGCAGUCCUCUGAGUUUCCCGAAGGAUUCUUCACGCUCCAGGAGAGGAAAGACGGAGGGAUUCUGAUUUACUUCAUGAUCAUCUUCUACAUGCUUCUGGCCGUCUCCAUCGUGUGUGAUGAUUAUUUCCUGCCGUCUCUCGAGGUCAUCAGCGAGCGUCUCGGUCUCUCACAAGAUGUUGCUGGAGCCACUUUCAUGGCAGCGGGAAGCUCGGCGCCGGAACUCGUCACUGCGUUUCUGGGUGUGUUUGUGACUAAAGGAGAUAUCGGCGUGAGCACCAUCAUGGGAUCGGCCGUGUAUAACCUCCUGUGCAUCUGUGCUGCGUGUGGCCUCUUGACCUCUGUGACGGCUCGUCUCACCUGCUGGCCGUUGUUCAGGGACUGUGUCGCUUACGCCAUCAGCGUCGCCGCAGUCAUUGCCAUAAUCUCAGAUAACACAGUUUACUGGUAUGACGGCGCGUGUCUUCUGCUGGUGUACGGCGUGUACGUGGUGGUGCUGUGUUUCGAUCUGAAGAUCAGCGAGUACGUGAUGCAGCGCUUCAGCCCGUGCUGCAUGUGUCUGAGCAAGAGCUCUCGCGAGCGCGAGGAGCAGCAGCCGCUGGUGGGAUGGAGCGACAACAGCAGCCUGAGAGUUCACCGGCGCUCUCGAGCCGACAGCGGCAUCUUCCAGGACGACUCCGGAUAUUCCCACCUCUCGCUCAGUCUGCACGGCUUGAACGAGAUCGGCGAAGAGCAGAAGAGCGUGUUCACGAUGCCCGAACACGACCUCAAGCGGAUCCUUUGGGUUUUGUCGCUUCCGGCCAUCGUGUUGUUGUUCCUGACCAUUCCCGACUGCAGGAGACGCUUCUGGAAGAAAUGGUAUAUGAUCACCUUCCUGAUGUCUGCCGUCUGGAUCUCAGGCUUCACCUACGUCCUGGUGUGGAUGGUAACUGUCGUCGGUGAGACGCUGGGAAUCCCGGAUACAGUCAUGGGAAUGACACUCCUGGCAGCAGGAACCAGCAUUCCCGACACUGUGGCCAGUGUGAUGGUGGCUCGUGAAGGUAAGGCUGACAUGGCCAUGUCCAACAUCGUGGGCUCCAACGUCUUCGACAUGCUGUGUCUCGGUCUGCCGUGGUUCAUCAAGACAGUGUUUGUGGACACUGGAUCUCCAGUGGAAGUCAACAGCACCGGUUUGGUCUUCAUGUCCUGUACGCUGCUGCUCUCCAUCGUCUUCCUCUUCUUGGCUGUUCACAUUAACGGAUGGAAGUUGGACUGGAAAUUGGGCCUGGUGUCUCUGGUGUGCUACAUCCUCUUCGCCACGCUGUCUAUCUUGUAUGAGCUCGGGAUCAUCGGGAACAACCCAAUCAGAGCCUGCAGUGACUAACGUUCUGCUGGAGUCGUGUUCAGUGAAGCGUCUGAUUGAAUGCCACUGGAUUGGGUUUGAUCAGCCGGUUUGAUUUCAGUGCUGCUCGAUCCAUCAGGCGAUCAUGUGGCCACACUGGCUGUCAAAAAUGAUUUUGUUCCUCAAUAUUUCUGUCUUGUUUUCCAUUACAAAUAUCUAAACAUUGUUAAAUCAAGAUACAUUUACUGGAGAAGCAAAAUGACUGAAGAUAUUAAGUCUUGUUUAUUGAAAAAAAAUGCAGCGAGUUCAAACUUCAAAAUCUGCCAAUGGAGUCAGAAUAAUAAAGUUAAUUCAAAGGGAAAACAAGAUUAUUUUUCUGACUCCAUUGGCAGAUAUUUGUUCUUGUUUUAAGCAAAAACAUGGUUAAUUUUAAUCAAUUUUUCAGUAAACAAAACAUCUUCAGUCAUUUUUCUUCUCCAGUAAAUGUAUCUUGAUUUAAGAAGGUUUAGAUAUUUGUGCUGGAAAACAAGACAGAAACACUGAGGAAGAGCAUCAUUUUUGCAGCGCAUGGACAAAAAUAUAAGGUUGAGUUUUUUUUAACUGGAAGUUCUUUUAACGUUAUUUUUCCCCAUUGGUUUAUUGAUUUUGAACAAACGAACAAAAGUCAAACGAUGGUCCAUUUAGAAAAGUGAUUCUGUAAGGGAUGCUUUUGACCUCGAUGUAUCAAACGUUUCUAUUAAAAAUUAAUAUAUUCACAUAAAACAUGUUCUAAAGCUCUUUAAAACUGACUUUGUACUUUAUAUGCAAUAAUUUUAAUCAGGUUAAAGUCGCAUCAUUAAAAAUCAGCAGUUUUUUAUUGAAAUUAUAUGACUGUAUAAGGAUAGAUGGCGAUAUUUUAAUUAACAAAGCAGAAAAUCUUUAAACUGUCUUCAAAAAACAAAAAAAGGGUGAAAAUUUCUAAACAUUCUUGAAUCAAGAUACAUUUACUUGAAAAGCAAAAGAUAUUGAGUAUAGUAAGUACAGAAAAACUGAAAAUGAAGCGAGUUUGUGCUUAAAAUGAACAAUGGAGUCAGAAAAAUAAUCUUUUCCCUUUGAAUUAAAUUGUUUUUGAUUCUU